AAAUUUGUGGAUCACCAUCAAACCUAAAGUUUGCCCUCGCAUAUUUAUAUCAAAUUCUGAAAAUUCGAGUGCCUCCUUUAAUUGAAAUUAUUUUACCAAAGCAUAACCUUAUCAAUCCAUCAUCAUCCUCCAUCUCUCUGGAACAGCUUGCACCUAACGGUUCAAUCACGCUCGUUCCGCAGACAACUAAAUCUUAUAUCAAAAUUGAAAGUUACUUGAUGUAG